CGCGGCGCGCCGCGCAGCUCGCACGCGAUAUGCGCGCCCUCUAGCGUAUUAUGUUCCUCCCCGACCUGCCGCGAGCCUGCAUGGUGGACGACGUAGCGACGUACCUGCAAGCGCCCUCCUCGGGACAGGACGAGUUCCAUCCGUUCAUAGAGGCCCUGAUGCCUUUCGUUAAGUCGUUUUCGUACACGUGGUUCAAUUUACAAGCGGCCAAAAGGAAAUACUACAAAAAACACGAGAAACGGAUGAGUCUCGAGGAGGAGCGGCACACCAAGUAUGAACUACAGAACGAGAAAGCAGAAGUGAAACAGAAAUGGGCGUCGCGGCUGCUCGGGAAGCUGCGGAAAGACAUCACUCAGGACUGUCGAGAGGAUUUUGUUUUAAGCAUCACAGGCAAAAGGCCCGCGGUGUGCGUGCUGUCCAACCCCGACCAGAAGGGCAAGAUGAGGCGGAUAGACUGUUUACGACAAGCUGAUAAGGUGUGGCGAUUAGACCUAGUAAUGGUGAUCCUUUUCAAAGCGAUACCGUUAGAGAGCACAGACGGGGAAAGAUUGGAGAAGCAUCCGGAAUGCACGCAGCCAGGACUUUGUGUGAACCCUUACCACAUCAACGUGUCAGUGAGGGAGCUUGACCUCUACCUCGCUAACUUCAUCAACAGCUAUGGUAAUGGGAGCGACGGUCUGCCAGAUAUCCUAAGCGGGUCUCUCUCUCCGCACCCCACUAGGGACAAAGAGAAUGAACACGAGGCUAAGAACAAAGGCUAUACCCAUAACCCAUACAACGGUGUUAUUUGCAACGAUAUCAUUUUAGCGACCGGUGUCUUCUCCUCGAAGGAACUGUGGAAGUUGUCUAAAGCCUCAAUCCUCCAAGAGACAGGGUCGGAAUCGCCCGGCGGGUCCGGCGGAGGCAUUAAACUAGAGUCCACAUAUUACGGUUACAACAGCCCCGCGCCGCCCGCCUUCGAACCCCCUACUGACCGAGGCACCCCCUCUGCCAUGCUUGUUGGACAGUGUUUCAGCAUUCCCCACAGCUCAGCAGGUCUGAGCGCAGCGCAGUCGCCACUGGUGCCCUCCAACACGAUAUUCUACCAGCACGUACCCCCUCCCACGGACACGCACCCUACUGCAUCAGAUGCACUAACAAGUCAGCACUCAAGUGGGAAAUAUGAGGGAGCACCACAAGACUCACUCGGAGACUUCGUCACCUUCGUGUGCCAAGAACCACCUACAGACGUUCAGCAAUUACAGGUUCACAGUUUAUCGCGGAGUCCCAAGCCACCAUAUUUCACCAGUUCGAUGUUACCGCCACCUCCUUUACCUCCAAUGGCGAGACCGGUCACCAUUAUCAGAUCUACUGCGAGUGAAGUGGGAGUGGGCGUGGGCUCAGCGUCGCCCGCGUCUCCGGAGCUGAGGUCUCCGCCCGCCAGCCCGCGCCGUCGCUCGCCGCACUACCGGGAGUGUCACCCGCCGCACCCGCCUCUGUCGCACUUCAACCACUUCCACGCGCAGCCACAGCAGGUGUUCAGUUAUGGCCCCGUGGGGGGUGGUUCACCUCCAGGUGGAUUAGGAUUAUACGCACCGCGGGCUCCGCCGAGAGCACCACCAAGAUGGAACGCGCCAUUCCCCACGUUAGAAGAGGAGUUCAACAUAAUGACGGCGCCCGGCGGACCCAACCACGUCGAGCUGCUGGACGAUGUCUUUUACAUUCCAGAACGCUUUUUCCAAUCGAACGUCAUAACAUCGGACACCACGGCGAUGGACACGGGCACCAGCGUCCAAUCCGUCGUGGUGGACACGUCCGAAGACAUCGCACCAGACAAACCGGCUCCAGACUUGCGCUCGCCGUGAUCCAUACUGCACAAUGCGUCCGAUCCAGCCGACGGUUCGAACGCGACUGUGCUCAGGUGGACCCCUGCGCCGCUCCCCCAUUGGCGCCCGGUGACACAUCGGACUGUUUGAAAUUUGAGUGCAUUCGAAAUUCAAAUAAAAUAAAACGUUUUCGUUUGACAAUAAUUUGGACAUUUUUAACCUAAUUAAAUACACAAAUCUGGGCUGUUAAGCUGACCACAUAAGCUUGCGACGAAUACAACGCAUUUUAUUUGUAAAAAUGCUAAUCAUGUAAAUGAAUCGAUAUCUUAAAAACCGCAUAAGUCACUCAAUUAAAAUUUUUUAGGAAUCACUAAAAACCAUUUCAUUCAAAAGUACCUAAAAGAAUUUAGAAGGACUUUUUUGGGCUGAAUGUAGUGUUUGAAUUUUAUAAGGAAUGUACUGACGCACCUACACGAAGGUGGUUUUUACUUUUAACCAGUAUAUACGUCUGUCUACCUUUGAGUAUCACUGAACUAUAUGUAUGUUUGAGAAAAACUAGACUUAAGUAUGUGGUUUUUGAAAUGACCGAUUCAAUUAUUAGGUACAUAGUACAUACCUGUAUAACAACAGUAUGGGAUCUGUCAAAGAAAUGCAGAUGGCACGGCGAAUUUAUUCUUGCAGCACGAAACUUGCGUUGUCUUUGGCGUGAGCUGUGAAUUGUGGUCAGCUUUUUUUGUUAUGACAUUAAAAUUCACAAUUCACAAUUGUAAACUAAAGGGACUUAAAAGACUUGUCGACGCAUAUUGUGAGGAGUGUGAGAAUUUACGUUAAAAAACGCAUUUCGCGCGUUUUUUUAGUUUUUAAUGUCAUACAGAAUCAAGACCCAGUCUGGUUUGUUCUAGUUCUUUUUUUUAAGUGAAACGUGGUGUGUAAAUAUUGUUGUUGAAAUUUGGACUGGAUUGGACUCUGAGAAGGUUGUAGUUGAAUUUUCUAAGUUUAAAAUUCGCGCCAUAUUAACCGUCAGUGUCAGUUAAGCACAGUGACGUACGUGGUGACAUUGAAAUGAUGUCUUACAGUAAAUUGUUUUUACUAUAUUAAAUUUGAAAUGUAAUCGAUACUGUUGGUUAAUAUGUUUGUUUUUUCUUAUUUAUCAUGUAGUGGAUAACGGAAAGCAAUACUCCAAUGGAUAUUUAUGUAAAAAUCUGAAAUACGGAAAAUAAUUAAACAAAAAAAAAACAACUAAGUAUAUUCUAAUAUUUUUAUAGAAUAUAAACCAAGUAUGAUAUUGAUCAAGCCUUCCAGUAAUUUAGUGAAAUAAAGUUAAUAAUUAAUGAUAAUAAUUAUGCAGCUUAUGAGAUUAUUCUUUUGCUGACCUAUAAGGCAGUUAGGAAAAGCGGUUUAUGAAAACAAAUGCUUCCAGUUACUAGAUUUAAAAACAUGUUUCGAUUGACGAAAGUGUGAUAUUAUAAGUUGUUUUUUGUUUCGUUGUUGUGAGUUUUGUAUUGAAAAAAAAAAUAGAUUAAGCGUAAAUACUUUACGGAGAUUUUUUUUUAACUUAUUGAACGAAUAUUUAAGAAAGACGAGCCUUGCUUAUGAGAUUAGUUUAGUUGUAUAAUUAGUGGCCAAGUGCUAAUCGACAUUAUUGCUGUAUUUUCGAUCCGAAAUUUCAAUAAAAUUUGCAAAAUAUACAAAAACAAUAUAAUUACUAAAGCUGCUUUGCAAUACAAAGAACAUAAAACCUAAAUAAUAACACCUGUUUUCAUUUUUCGCUUUCAGUUUUUGUCCUGGUCUUGAGUCUUUAUGACGUUCAAAUGGUAUUAAUGCGUAAAAUGGAUGUUGUGAGUGUGACCUCAAUCUUGACAUCUAUUCAUACACGAAUUAUUAUUGUUAAAUUUGACGUCAUUAUACGAUUUGAAUGUCAUAGCGAGUAGAAGCUCUGCAGUAUUUGAACAUAGUAAGUAUCAAAAAAAGAUUGCCUCAAUUUGUCAAUUAUGAAAAUUCGAAUCGAAAGCAAUAAUAGUUGAUAAAAGUAGUUCGACAGUUUGUCGUGGGACAUUUUAUAGGUGCCUUUUAUAAAAUCGUAUAUAACUUACAUAAUAGGGACAAUUAAAUUGUAGGUUUUCCUUUUCGAAAAUCCAUCCACUUAUAUAUGUGCCGUGGACUCAUUAUAACGAUAUUUUGAAUAUUUUGGAGCCAAAGAGGCGUGAAAAAACCCAUUACUGAAAAAAUUAUUGCAAUUUUUUGUCGAUCUAUAUCGUUUUUUUAAUACAAUCCCGUGGCCAUACGUGAAAAGCUAGUCAUUAGAGUUACAAUGUAAAUUUAUUGUACUUAAAAUAAAGUAUAUUUACAUUUAUUAAAACCCCUUACGUUUAUUAGUAAGGGGUGUUAACUAAAUUUGUGGCCAAAUUACAAUUAACGAGAUCCAAAUAUAUAUACACGAUUUUUAAUAGACUUAGAUGUAUAAGUACAGUACGCUGAGGUUGAUUUUAGUAAAACUGAUUCUCAUAAUCCGAUUGAAAUCCAUUUAAUUACAUUAAACGGUGGAGCUAUCAGACUCUUGGUCUUAUGUUUUCACGUUUAAAACGUAACACGAGUUAUUUUGUCUGCAUAAAAAAUUACACCUAACCCUGAGUAAUUUUAGCGCUUUUAUUCUCUUGGGCAUUGAAAACAUUACGUAUACUUGUCACUGCAUUGAACUGAAUUACCUACCUGUAGAAGAAUAAUUUCAAACAAAAAUAUUGUUCUAUGAAGCUGUCAAAAUUGGUAUGUCACUAAACAUCAAUUUGUAAGCAAAACGAGUUACUGCCCGCAAAUUUUGUUUGGAAUGACUCGUCUAAAGCGUACUACCUAGCUAUAAAGAGGUCGUUAUGUCACUGAACUCAAAACGUUGAAUUUGACAUUUCUUGCAUAUAGGGAGGUCAAAUUUGACGUAAAAAUGCAUUUAGCUCGUUACGUUACGAAUUCAAUUUCGUUAAGAAUCAGGAGGAUCAAAUACACAGCUGUUGGAUAUAGCACGAAGUAAAAAGCGAUCACAGAGUUACUGAUUUUAUUAUAAAAUAUUAAAAAAGGGUUCAUCUAAGUCCUAAGUCAGAUUAAUUCGUAUGGUCAAUCAUGGACACGUUAAUUUUUAACAAUUAUAAUAAUAAUAACAGGUAUAAAAAUAUAAUUUUUAACAAUUAUAAAAAUUUUGGUGCCAUUAAUAAUUUCAUUAAGAAAACUAGGAAUCUUUUGAUUUUGAAAAUAAAUUCAUUUGCCCUAAUAAUAAAACUUAAUUAGAAUCUAGAUUUAGGUAACGUAGCAAUAAAUGACAAGCAAUAAAUUAAAAAAAAUAUAAUAAUAAUAAUAAAAAAUCGGCUUUAGUGAAGCUAGAAAUUGGUACUGAAGUAGAUGAAUCCAAUAAUGUAAAGGUCGACUCGCGAUAUUUUUUCUAUUAAGUAGUAAUUAACUAUUAGUACGCCGGAACGGAAAUAAAUUUGAUAUAAAUACAGAGAAGCGGUUUCGUACAAUACAUAGCUAUUUCACAGAAAAACUAUAGAGAUAUAAUAUUACAGCUAAUAUAGUACGUCUAGGCAGAAGGCGAGAAUUUAGUCAAUUGCUAGCUAUAGACACUAUUAGAGAUUAUAAUACAGAAAAAUUAAAUAGUGAAGUCACUUAAGGCUUUUGAAUACAUUCGGAUUACCAACACGGUUUUGUCGUAUUAUAAAAUCGAAUGAAUUAACUUUGUAACGACGGCAAUAUUGGUGACGAAUUUAGAAGCUCAUUGGUGCAGAAAAUUCUAGACUGUGAUUAAAUUGUUCAUUCUGGACGUGUCUUAUAUUGAAAUAGUCGUUUUGUAUGAUUGGCAUUGCACGGCUAGUGCUGUAAGGAAAAGGUUAUUACAUUAUUGUAAACAGGAAGAGACAUGUUGUAUGAAAUGCAUUUGUUAUAAUAAUUAUAACAAUCUUGAAAACUGUAACUGUAGUUGAAUGAUGAGAGGUGAAAGGAUUUUUAUUGACAGCGUCAGUAGAUUCAGUAGUAUUUUUAUUACUAGCUUUGCAAUAGUUGAUGCUCUUGCGACAAACACCAUAUAAAAAGUAUAGCUAAUAAGUAAUAACGUACAAGAACUACGAUUCUUGCACAAUUCUUGCAAUAUUUUAAAAGGGAUCAUUCGGAUACCUACUCUUCACUAAAUACAAUAGUCUUGUUCUGCAAAAAUUGAUAGAUCUAUAAAGUGAUUCCAAAAGUACUUAAUAUUUUUGCGAUCAUUGUUAUUGGCUGAACUUAUUUUACUUUUGUAUUCUACCCAGAUGUAGAAGAGUGUGAGCCUAUCAGAAGGAUUGCUACCUCUUAUCAUAUUAUUAAUUAAUUCUAUUUUUGGGACUAAAAGUGCUAUUAUAUGUGUUUGUCGCAAGGUUAAUUUGUUCGAACAUUUGAUUAGCACCAUUGUUACGAUAUGGAGUAAUAAUUGAAGCCUAAACAUUAUGUGCCUUAGAUACAACAAUAUUGUAUAUUUAUGAUGCGUUCUAUACAACGUGCUAACUAGAAAUAAAUGAUUAUUGUUAUUUUGGAAGCCUUGUCCUCGUAACUUCAUUGUUAAUUUAUUUUAUGCGAAGGCUUGUAUAUGGAUCUCUUAUCGAUUUUGUGUAUACCAAAACCAGCUGAUUUCAUAUGAAAAAUUGAAAUAAAAUUUAGUUAAAUAAUUUUGGAUUAUAUAAUACCUAUAAAGGGCAGUUCAUUUUACGUGUCUCCUAAUUCUACUGUUUGGUGUACUCCUUUAAAAUAUGUACUUUCUCUAAUUCUAACUAUGAAUACUGUAAACCCAGCAGUCUGGAAGUUGAUUUCAAAUCCAGAGAACAACUUUAACCCUCAUCUAAUAAUUAUUGUACGAUUAUUGUAAAGCUUCGAUGCGUAGUUUCGCUGACAUAUAAAUACUUCUAAUAUAUUCUAUAAUUUUAGUACUUACCUACAUUAUACCCACUUACGUACCUAUUAUCUACUUUACUGACAUGUAUAUCUUAAUCUACGCAACGUUUCGAUUAGGCUCGCUUUUUAUUUUUGAAAAAUUUGUAGAUAUGAUCCCCUGAAUUUUGGCAAAGCUUAUUAAAAUUAUCGAUUGAUAAUUGAAAUCACAUAUUAUAUUCUGUAUCCACUUAAUAAAUGUCUAGUUUUUGAUUUCAGUUCAAAAUAUUACGUAUUUAUGAAUAAAGUAACAAAAAUCCGUCUUACUAUUAAGUUUUUUCUUUGGAUUUUUAAUUAAAAUAACAUACGUAACUAAAAUAUAAUUGUAAAAAUAAUUAUUAACCAAUAGAAAAAUACUCUUAGGUACGAAUUUUUAGUUCAUCGAAUCCGAUGUGCAAUUAUAAAUUGUUUAGCGAAUUUAUUAAUUAAUUUUUAGUGUAUUUGAUUGUGUCCAUGAUCAUAUUGUCUGUAAAUAUCUUCCGGAGUGUAUUUAUAUAAUUUUCUAUUUGUUUAAUUAAACUGUAGUACACAAUUAAGAGUUACAAUGUUUGUCCUUUCCCUAUUUUACAUUUUUUCUAUAGUUUUUUAAAUUUUUUUUUAAAUUUGUGUUUAAAACUGUGCCUGUGUAAAUCAAAUGCCAUAUUUGACCUUUAUAAAGAAAACUAAAGUGUAAAAAUGAUAACUGAGAAUUAUAAAUAAUAAACAUAGAAUGUGGCACUUGGUUUACAAGCGAAUAUUAAACUAAAGAUAGACUUGUAAAAAUGUUAUAACAUGUAUUUUUAACCUAUACAUAGUAAGAUAUUUAUAGAAUUUUAGUCGUUUAAUUAUUUCGAACGACUUGUUAUAAAGAAAAUUGGUGCUUAAAGCUUAAAUAAAAUAUGAUCGGCACUCGAGUGCCGUGUAUGUAUUGUCACGAGGGGUUGGAGCAUUUGACAUAGCAUGCGUUGUUAUGCCCGCGUUUGACGCGAAAUAGUUUCACUUCAAGCUUCUUCAAAAAAAUUACUAAUGACGAUAUACCAAAGAAAAACUUGUGAAAAAUUUAAUUACUCAAGGUUAUUCAACUCAAUAUUCAAAAAAGCGCUUAGAUAAAAGCUCUAGUCAAUCUAAGUCCAUUGGUAGUAAUGAGUAAUGACUCUAUAAUUUGUCAUACAACUUUUUAACGAACAUUUUUAUAAAAAUUUAUAUUACAAGAAUUAUAAAAGUGAGUUUUUCAACAUAAAUCUUAAAUAAUUAACAAAAAUUAAAAAUAAAAUAAAAAUUAAGCCAUUAAAACACUCAUUGCUAAUACUUUAAAAUUUUGAAACUCUACGAAAAAAAAACGCACAUUACGAAAAACACUACCUAUUGCUACUGCAUUACAAAGUUACCGCGUAUUGCGCUUCGUUUCACACAAUUUU